AUGCCAAAACGAAAAGCCAAGAAUGACACGAUUGAAGGAGAUGUUGAGACACCUCGCCGAUCAAGUCGAACGCCUUCCAAGCAAGUGAAGGCACAAUCGACGCCGACAGAAGUAUCUCCCCCACCAGCGAAGAAGAGUAAGAAAGGUAAGAGUAGCAAAACGGAAGCAAAAGAGCCAAAAGAAGCGGAAGACCUUGACCUGAAAAAAGAUAAGAAAGAAGCAAAAAAUGAAAAAGCAUCGAAAGAAAAGGACACAACUCCACCCGCUGUGGAAGAUGGGUCUAAAGCCAAAGCUCCAUCUGGUGGACGCCAAUAUUGGCUCAUGAAAGCCGAGCCCGAGCCCAGAAUGGAGAAGGGUCAUGAUAUUAGUUUCUCAAUUGACGACCUUGCUGCAAAAUCUGAGCCGGAACCCUGGGAUGGAAUUCGCAACUUUGCUGCGCGAAACAACCUCCGAGCCAUGAAAAAGGGUGAUCUAGCAUUCUUCUACCAUUCUAGUUGUAAAGUACCUGCCAUUGUUGGGAUCAUGGAGAUUGUUAAGGAACACUCGCCUGAUUUAUCAGCUCAUGACUCUUCGAAGCCAUACUACGAUCCAAAAUCCAGUCCAGAUGACCCUAAAUGGUCAGUGGUUCAUGUCGUUUUCCGCCAAAAACUUGACACCCCUAUCACGCUAAAGGAGUUAAAAGACUGGCGAGCAGAAAAGAGCCAUCCCUUGCAGAAUAUGCAGAUGUUGGCUCAGUCGAGAAUGAGUGUGAGUAAAGUUAGUGCUGCUGAGUGGGAGUUCUUGGUAGGGCAGAUGAAGGAUAGAGGAGAUGUAAUUCAGCAAUGA